CCCUCACUUGGGUAUCAGAAUUGCCUUAACCAUCAGAGGCCUCAGGGCUCCUCUUAUGGAUCAAACAGCCAUAUGUCUUACAACUCACACGAGCACUUGUCCAGCAGAGGAAUGAGCACCCUUCAAUCUCGCACCUCUAUCAAGCACUGCCAGAUGAAAUCUGAGCCAUUAUCCAGCACAAGCUUAGACACUAUGAAUACCAAACGACUGGAAGACGGAUCAGAGGGGGAUAUAUCAAGUCCAGCUUCUGCUGGCACACAGGAUCCACUGUUAGGGUUGCUCGAUGGCCGAGAUGACUUG